AUGUCACUAGACGAAUGCAAACGCAAGCGCUCCAAUAUUAAACGUAAUAUUUCACGUAUAAAAUCUAUUGUAGAGUCGAUUCGAGAAACGGAGGACAAACCGCCGCACGCCGAGCUUCAAUGUCGCUUAGGAAUUUUGGAGUCCUACUUCAAACAAGCACUUUCAGUACAAGCUGACAUCGAGGAUUUGGAUCCAUCCGACAAUGGUCGAGCCGACUUAGAGGACAGCUACGUAGCUGUAAAGCUCAGCAUACAAGCACCACUUGGGGAGGAUGGAAAUACCACGGUGAACUACACUGAGACGGCUGCGUCAGCACCUGUGGUACCGACUUCACAUCUACCAAGAUUGUCGCUGCCUACAUUCAGUGGAGACUACGCUGAGUAUAAAAAUUUUAUAACGUCCUUCACUCAAAUAAAAGCACGUGAGUCUAGACUAUCGAAUAUAGAGCGGUUUAACUACCUUUUGUCCUGCUUGAAAGGCUCAGCUUUAGAAACUGUCAAGGCCUUUCAAGUAACUAGCGAGAAUUACCCAAACGCGUUGGAUAGACUCAAAGAACGAUUCGAUAAUCCGACUUUGAUAUUUUUAGAAGGAAUCGCUUCGCGUUUUACGCUCCAACCAGCUGAAAAAUCGAACGCUCAGUAG